AUGGCGAAUACUUACGCGGCGUACUCGCUCGACGAGGAGAGCGAGGAGCGGCUCCGGCAGGACCUCGAGCAAAUGCUCGAGAGGUGCACCGCGAUGGAGCACGCCCUCGCCGAGAACCAGGAGCGACUGCUGCGCGUCGCGCGGGACCGGGAGCGGGAUCUCGCCGACCUGUCCCGCAACGUGGCGUGCAACGUGGCCGAAGCGGCCGCGGCGAUCUCGGAGGCCCAAGGGUCGCCUCUUCCCCUGCUGAGCGCGAAUGGGACGAUCGCGGCGGCAAACCCGGCGGAUCUGCCGGUCGCGGUGUGCUCCGCGCUCCGCGCGUGCAAGGAGUCCAUCGUCCGCAUGCCGCUCAAGGGCCUUGGUCCGCGGCUCGCCGCGACCCUGUCCAGCGCGGGCUUCGCACUGGGAUGGCUCGUCGUGGGCUACACUCUCGCAUGA